GAGGGGGCAGGGGGACAGCCGGGAAACUAAAGCAGACCAGUGAAGCUCAGGAAAAGGACCUACGAAUUUCAUGACAGAGAGAGAGCGAUAAAAGCUGAAUAAUGAAAAGAUCUGACAGAUGACGAAGAACAGGAAAAUGUGAUGGUGUGAAAGUUCUGACAGUGCUGGAAACUUUCAGAGGAUUAGUAAAGCUGAGGAGGAAGGGAGGACGCACAUAAAAGGACGCCACACCAACUCACUGUCUCUGUUCACUGAUCGUCAGCCGCAGUGCUAGAGGGUAAUGAUGGACCUGCCACUGACCCUUCAUGUGCUCCUGCUUCUCAUGUCCCUCAGCACUGCUGUCUGGGCAUGUCCAGAUGGAUGCAAAUGUCCAGGAACUGAAGUUCAAUGUAUUGGCCUCUCAAACUUCCCCAUGGCUAUUCCUUCAUCUACCACCAAAAUCUAUUUAGUAAAAUGCAGUUUUAACUCUCUGGAGCCAGACGACCUGACUGAUUUCUCUAAUUCCCUGGAUUUGUUACUGAUCAAAGAUUCUGUUUUGGGGGAAGUGCGUCCUGGCACAUUUAAUUCCACAACAAAUAUAGGUUCCUUAACAUUAAGUGGUAAUGAACUGCUAGAUCUCCCAGAAGCCUUGUUUCAAAAUCUUCAGAAACUUGAGGUUCUGCAGCUAAACAGCAACAAGCUCUUAGUAAUCCGCCCUCAGUGGUUUUCCCUGUUGACAGAGCUUAGAUUACUUGACCUUAAAAGAAACCUUUUCACUGCAGUACCCGUGGAAACUCUUCACCCACUGACGAAGCUGCAGCAGCUUUCACUUUCCGGUAACAAAAUUAGUCAACUAUCGAGAGAAACCUUUAAGGGUCUUUCUCAGAUGAAAAUCUUACGCCUGAACAAAAACAUGCUACAUGAACUCCAAGUUGGUAGUUUGGAUGACCUUGUAAACCUGGAGGAGCUGUCACUACAAGACAAUCUAAUCACUCAUCUCCACCGUGACCUGUUCUCCAAGACUCUAAAGCUCCAGAAGCUGUUUCUCUCCAACAACAAGCUCACAUCUCUCCCAGAAGGAAUCUUCCUGAACUUGCCACAGCUUUCCCAGAUCUCCUUGUAUGAAAACCAGCUGGAGAGUCUGGGUCCAGGAGUGUUUGGGCCAAUGGUCCUUCGGGAGUUGUGGCUGUAUGACAACAAGCUAAGCCGUGUGGAAGCUGACACGUUCAGGAACCUGACUCAGUUACGCCUCCUAGUCCUCAGUCGUAACCAGAUCAGCUAUGUAUCCACCAGAGCAUUUAGAGGGUUGGAACAACUGGGAGAGGUAUCACUGCACACCAAUCGGCUCACAGCCCUGCAAGCUGGGACUUUUCAGGAACUACCUAAUCUGGUCAACAUUUCUUUGGAACACAACUUCAUAAAGUCCCUCCCUUAUGGUUUCCUCCAGGGCCUGACCCACCUGGGACAGAUAGACCUGCGAAACAAUUCCCUCACUAACCUACCACAGGAGAGUUUAGAUGAUCUCACUGCAUUAGAAGAAGUACUCUUGCAGCAGAACCCCUGGAGGUGUGACAAGCAUAUUCAGCCACUUAGGGACUGGCUGAAGCAGCACCCAUCAAAAGUUAACCAAACCCUUGUUGUGUGUGAAACUCCUUCCAGUCUAUCUGGUGAGAUGAUUGCUCUGCUGCCAGAUGAAAACCUGAUGUCUCUUAGCUCUACUCAGGAGCCUGUGUUGACCUCAACAGAGAAGAGGAAGAGGCCCCAUACACCGCCAACAAAACAAAGCACUCCCUCACCUUCUGUCAAGACGGUGCCCACCGCAGAGCACGAAGAGGUAACCAGCAGUGGACAAGGGAAUAAUGGAACAGUUUCUCAUGAUAUUUCAAUCACCCUGAUUGUCAUUGCAGUAGUGUGUACUGUCAUCAUCAGCACUCUAAUUAUCAGCUGUAUCUGCUGGAGGAGAAACAAGAGAGGCAAAGGGAAUAUUGGCCGCAGAAGUAAGAACUCUGCUGUAGGCUACAACUCAGCAAAAGCACACCAAGAACUUUUAAAGGGGAACUCAUAGAGUUGGUUACAAAGCCUCAAAGGCAACAGAAAGUACCAAUACAACUGCAUCACAAAAUAACAAGUAAACAGCUGUGCUUUUGAAUUUAUUAGCUUUCAGUUUUAGUCAUCAGAGUUGCCAUCAGUAUUCCUUUCUGAUUGUGCUUCAAGAAAAGAGAGGACAGCUUACAUAUUAACUGUAACAACAAAUACCAGCUUUUGGACAACCUGGACAUUUUUGUGAAUGUAAACUGAAACAUGCUUCUUUUAGUGAAUUGAAGUUUCUGUUUUCUGUUUCCCCCUGUUUCAUUAUUACUUGUUGCAGCUUGACAGCAGCUUUUGUGCUAACAACACAGCAUUUAGCAAACAGUUGAAGUUCUUUGCAAAAGAGCUAUAGUAUAAAAGAUGCAGUUUGGAGUUCACUAUAAUCAAUGCUUCAAUAGCCUGAAUAAAUGCAACACUUCUAAUAGGA